GUUUCAGAAAGCGGGUUUAGUGAAAACUCAGAGUUAGUUGACUCAGAGUUGAAGGAAACUCUGGGUUUUCGGUUUCACGAAGCCAGUUCAGCUUAACUCUGAGUCAGUUACUAUGGCAACAUACUCCGUGAAGCUAAUCUGUUCGCUAGCAGGUUUUCUUCAACUAACCCUGAGUUUCUCCUCCUCUUUAGCUGAAGCCUGCAGACUGAAGGAGGUGUCAGACAUGGCGUGUCCUUUUCUUGAAGAGCCAGUUGAUAUUGAAGCACAAAUACUCCGCAGAAAUCUCCGUCGGGAGAGGGUGAUCAGACCCCGCUUGGAUGUUUUAUCAUUCCCUGAUGAUCACCUGUUUGAACGUUACCGUUUUUCUGCUCAAUCGAUCAUUCAUCUGAACAAUAUUCUCAGCCCUCAUAUCGUUCAUAUGACACAUCGUGGACAUGGUCUCAGUUCGGAACAAAUUCUUUGUGUUGCACUUCGUUUUUUUGCCAACGGGAGUUUUCUAUAUAACAUCGGUGACUCUGAGCAUAUUUCCAAGGCAACCAUCUGUUGGGCUGUCAGAAAUGUGACUCUUGGACUGAAACGUUUACUGUACACUUUUGUGGUGUUCCCAAGUCACAGACCUACAAGACUCAUCAAAGAAUUAUUCCACAGAAUUGCAGGGUUUCCAGGUGUGAUUGGCUGCAUAGAUGGCACUCAUAUUCCUAUCGCAGCUCCUUCAGUAAAUGAAGGAGAUUAUGUGAAUAGGAAGUCUUUCCACAGCAUUAAUGUGCAGAUCAUAUGUGAUGCAGCCCACAUCAUCAGCAACGUGGAAGCAAAGUGGCCUGGGUCUGUGCAUGACUCGCGAAUGUUUCAUGAGUGUACACUGAGCGCUAGAUUUGCCCAUGGAGAGUCCAAUGGUUACCUGCUCGGUGACAGAGGGUACCCCUGCCAGCCCUAUUUGCUGACCCCUUACCCUGAUCCCGGCCCACAGCAACAUUAUAACUUGGCUCACUGCAGGACACGAGCCAGGGUAGAGAUGACCAUUGGGAUGCUCAAGGCCCGGUUCCAGUGCCUUCGUAGGCUCAGGGUCACCCCAGACAGGGCAUGUGACAUUAUUGUGGCAUGUGCGAUUCUCCACAACAUUGCCACAAUUAGAGGAGAACAAUGUCCUACUCAACCAGUGAACGAUCCUGAUAACGAUCCUGACCACCCCACUGACGCACGAGAUGGAAGAGCAGUCAGAGACACAAUAUGCUACCUUCAUUUCUGA